GGUCCCCGAUAGAUCCCCGCCUCGGCGGCCAUGCCGGCGCCCGUGGACAACGAGCGGCGCGCCUGCCUGCAGGGCUUCGACGCGGACCUUGCCGCGGAGGGGGCCACGACGGGGGCCGAGAGCGGCCUCGAGCUGGCCGCGGGCGGCGAGGCGGCGGCCGCGAGCCGGCCCCGGCGGCUGCGGCUCGCGGGGGGCGGCCUGGCCACCGUGGCGCUCCUCGUGCUGGUGGCGGCCCCGUGGCCCGGGCAGGGGGCGCCGAGGGGCGCCGAGGCGCAGCCACGCGGGCGCCGGCGGACCCUGGAGCUGCGGGCGACACCGGUCCAGCGGAUACGGGCGCCGCCUUCGCCGAGGAGGCGGCCUCGCUGGAUAGGGCGCCGGCGGACCCUGGGGCUGCGGGCGACACCGGUCCAGCGGCGACGGGCGCCAGCGCGGUCUUCGGAGCCUUUGCCGGGCGCCGCAGGCGACGGGAGCCGGGGGCGCAGGCGCCAGGAGACGCGGACGCCGCCUUCGCCGAGGAGGCGGCCUCGCAGGAGGCUGCGGACGCCGCUGAGGCCUCCGAUCUCGGGGCCGCCAUCGACGCUGCCAGGUUCGCCGAGGAGGCCGCGGAGGAGGCCGCGGAGGAGGAGGAGGAGGAGGAGGAGGAGGAGGAGGAGGAAGAGGAGGAGGAGAAGGAGGGCGAGGAGGACCGCAGAGCCCAUGCCGACUUCGCGGAUCCAGACCUCCAACCUCUCGAGAAACUCAGUCCAGAAGCCUCGCUGGGCCCCAGGGGCCGUCAAGAAUCAAGAAACGGCUCGCGGGAUGAAAAGUCGGGCCCGGGGAGGGGGCCGAGACCUCCAUGCAGGAGAGUCUUUUGUUGUGCAAAGGUCACGACGUCGGGGGUCUGGGACCAGUCUGUCGCCAUCUGAGCGGAGCGGCCAGUCUGUCGCACUGUCUCGCCUCGUGGCCGUCAAGAGAGGGCUCGGGAUCAGAAGCCGGCCCCGGGGAAGGGGUCGAGACUCGAGACCUGCAGGAGCCCCCGUGGCGAAACGAGCACGACGUCGGGGGGGAUCCGGGGAGCCGGCGCCGCCUUCGCGGGGAGGAUUUGCAGAAGGAGGACGAGGCCGAGAGGGAGGAGGAGGUCGGGUUGCAGGAGGCCGCCGAGGAGGAGCUGCAGGAGGAGUUGGAGGAGGAGUUGUUGCACUCCGCGGGCAGCGCCGAGGAGGAGCUGGAGGAGGCCGCCGCUGAGGCUGCCGAGGCUGCCGAGGAGGCCGAGGAGGCCGAGGCGCGGGUCUCCGGGGUCUCCGACGGCACCGGUGAGGAUGAACUCCACGAGGCCGCCGCCGAGGCUGCCGAGCUCGCGGAGGCGAUGCAGGAGGCCGCCAGAUCCACCGAGGCCGAGGCCGAGGACGAGGCCGCGGACGAGGACGCGGCCGCGGCCGAGGUCGAGGACGAGGCCGAGGCCGAGGCCGAGGACGAGGACGAGGCCGAGGCCGAGGCCGAGGCCAGCGAGCCUCAAGGGGCUGGCGAAGGCCGCGGGGGCCACGAGGCGCUCAGCGGAGGCCGGCACCUCUGCGAGGAUGACGAGGAACUGCACAUCAAAGCCUGCUACAAGAGGUGCGACCUGCUCACCGGUGGCGAGUACCCCUACCGCACCACGGCGUGGUCGUGCUGCAAAGAGAAGAGGUGCAACUUCCUCGACCACUCAAUGAUGAAGGCCGACCUGCGCCCCUGCGACGGCCUGGACGUGUCCGGGGACUCGCGCGAGCCGGAUGCCAAGGGGAGGCGCUGCCCGUUCGCCGUCGGCACCUGCGACGACGACGAGGUGCAGCACCACGGCCUGUGCUUCAAGGUGCAGAGGGCCCUCUCGGGGAGCCUGCGAGGCCACCAGCGGGUGCGGCUGCCUCGAGCUCCACUGACUGGGGCACGAGCCGUGCAACCUGAGCUCGACCGAGCUGUUGACGCGAAGCUCCUUUUCGAAUUCGCCGCGACCGCACUGCGGAGAGGGACGGAGGUGCAAAGGCCUUUCGACUCGACCUCAGGGUGGGCGGGCCAGCAAGGACGCCAAGCCAUCGCCGAGGCUGGGACUGCGAUGAGCAAGUUGAGGCACGAGGAUGCCACCUGGCCAGAGCGGCCACCGCUGGCGAACAGGAGCGGCGCGGUGUGAGUCCUCGGGCGGCCCACGCAUGGGUGCCUCGGGCUGGCGUGAAGGGUGGCAACUGCAGGCCGUUUGCACUGGCCAGUAGGACGAUAACGUUUCUGCACGUGCGAGCGGCGAGCCGCCAUCAAAGCCACGUCUGCGUUGCCCCUUUGCCACGUUGGCCCAAGCGGGCCGAGCAGGCUAGGAAAGUAACGUGUUGACAUUAUCUGCAGGAGAGCCGCAUCCUCAUCACAGCAAUUUCCGACCUCCGUGAUGCCGCUUUGGCCCAAGCGGGCCGAGUCGGGUGUCGUGCAGGUG